GGUUGCAGGCUUAGAACCGAACUUUGCUGGACGAUUCUUCGAGAUAAGAGUUGUUCUCGUUGCGUGAAGACUGCAUCUUCCGUCCCACCCAUCUCACCCACCGCAUUGUCACCGGAUCGAAGUUUUAAACUCGGAUCGUCGAAGCUCCAACCAGAGGAACUACGGACCGCCAUUGCGUUCCAUUGCCUAUUUAGUCAUCGCGCGUCCUGCUGAAAGGCCUCUCAUUCUCACAUUCGACUCCUGAAACCGUUUCCGAGUCCAUUUUUGCCCCUGAUCCGUUUUCGACUUUCCAUCGUCGCCGUCACCGCAAUGGCUUCCCUCGUCACCGUCACCGCAGUCUCCUCCGUUAGCCUCGCGUCGCCCGCGUUUCUAUCUUCGCGCCGGCCCUCUGCCGCAGCUGUCCGAAGCAAGGGCAGAGCUUUCCAGUUCCGCGUCCGCGCGUCGGACGGCGAAGGCAACCCCGUCGUCGGCUCUGAUGUCGCCGCUGUCGCCGCGAGAACCGGGUCCAUCCUCUGCCCGGACUGCGACGGAAACGGCGCGGUGCAGUGCCGGCAGUGCCAGGGCGGCGGAGUGAACCUGGAGGACCACUUCCAGGGCCGCUUCAAGAAGGGCACCGUCUGCUGGCUCUGCAGAGGCAAGCGCACAGUCCUGUGUGGAAACUGCAAUGGAGCAGGCUUUGUGGGUGGUUUUCUCAGCAACCAGGGAGAAUGAGGGGAAUCUGUACCGUGUAGUUGAUCUGUUGGUCCUGGGUUAUUUUUGGUCUACAAGCUCAAUUGCAGUGCACGGUUCUUACCACAUGUAAUUCCUUUGGCGGCUUUUUAUGCCAAAUUCGGCGUGUCUUUAAAGAUCCAGAUUUGGUCGUGGAUCCUUACACACUGCCGCCCCCAAUUCUAAGUACCAUCG